UGGCCAAGGACUGAGAGCAUGAGGGGAUUUGUUGCAGUGGUUAGGUUGGGGCUGACUGCCCUCCUCCCUCUAAAUAUUCUCCUGAUGCCAUGUCGUUGAAUCAAUUUGAAAAGAAUUAGAGUGUCUCUGUCCAGUGGGAUUAAGCCAACAAGGACUUGAAUUGCUGAAACUAUUCAGCCAAACACACACACUGCAUUGAAGCAACAGCCAGUUUUGGUGGUAAAUAUGCCUCAAAACCUUGGCAGAAACAUCUGUUGAAUUAAGAGAGGGUUUCCUCCAUCGUGAUUACAUGUAUAUAUCCUGAGAUUUGUGUUGAAUGUUCUCUGAAGGGAGAUGCAUGGUGAAUUGUUUCUAACUUCUGACACAUGGUGACUUUCCAUACACUCUUCACAGAUUAAAGCAUUACCCUCUUGGCAACCUUGGCAUAGGCCAAGAAUCUGACGUGUAUGAGAGCUACGGGAGCAACAGGAGUUUAAUCAAAAAGUAGUCUACCUCAUUCCAGCUUCUGCAGGAGAUCCUGGAGUCUGAGGAGAAAGGCGACUGGUCUGCUCGUGGUCAGAGGCUACUGUUCAAGGCCUGUCGUGUGGUCACUCCUCGCUGAAACACAGCUAGCAGAGCGUUACGGCCCUGUGUUCACUGUGUAUCUUGGCAUGAAGCCCACUGUGGUGUUAUAUGGCUAUGAAGCGAUAAAGGAAGCUCUGAUUGAUCGGAGUGAGGAGUUUUCUGACAGAAGCUGUUUCCCAGUGGUGGACUGGAUCACCCGGGGAGUAGGAAUUAUUUUCAGCAGUGGAGAAAAAUGGAAGCUAACCCGAAGUUUUUCCCUCACGAUUCUGCGGAAUAUGGGGGUGGGAAAGAAGACUAUUGAAGACAGAAUUCAAGAGGAAGCCUUAUGUCUGGUGGAAGCGUUAAAAAAAACCAAUGCAUCUCCCUGUGAUCCUACGUUGCUUCUGGGCUGUGUUCCGUGCAAUGUCAUCUGCUCCAUUAUUUUCCAGAAUCGUUUUGAGUAUGAUGAUAAAACAUUCUUAACCUUGUUGGAAUAUUUUCAUGAAAACUUCCUAAUUUCAAGCAGCUCCUGGAUACAGCUCUACAAUGCUUUCCCUCUUUUAAUACACUACCUUCCAGGAAGUCAUCAUGUGUUAUUUAAAAACAUUGCUAACCAAUUUAAGUUUCUUAUGGAAAAAAUAAAAGAACACCAAGAAUCCCUGGACUUCAGUAACCCUCGGGACUUUAUUGACUACUUCCUGAUCAAAAUAGAAAAGGAAAAACACAAUAAACAGACUGAAUUUACCAUGGACAACUUGAUCAUUACCAUAUGGGAUGUGUUUGGUGCAGGAACAGAGACAGUAAGCACCACCCUGAGAUAUGGACUCCUGAUGCUGCUGAAGUACCCAGAGGUCACAGCUAAAGUCCAGGAAGAGAUUCACCAUGUGGUUGGCAGACAUCGAAGCCCCUGCAUGCAGGACAGGAGCUGCAUGCCCUACACAGAUGCUGUGGUACACGAGAUCCAGAGAUACAUUAACCUCAUCCCCAACAGUCUCCCACAUGCAGUGACUCAGGAUAUUAAGUUCAGAGAAUACCUUAUUCCCAAGGGCACAGCCAUAGUAACAUCUCUGACUUCUGUCCUGCACGAUGACAAAGAGUUUCCCAACCCAGAUUGCUUUGAUCCUGGCCACUUCCUGGAUGAAAGUGGCAACUUUAAGAAGAGUGACUACUUCAUGGCCUUCUCAGCAGGAAAGAGAGCUUGUGUUGGAGAAGGCCUGGCCCGCAUGGAACUCUUUUUACUACUGACCAACAUUUUACAGCAUUUCACCUUGAAGCCUCUGGUUGAUCCAAAGGACAUUGACACCACCCCAGUGGUCAGUGGGUUGGGCACUGUACCACCCUUCUUCAAGCUCUGUUUCGUUCCAGUCUGAAGAAAGGCCAGGCUGCCAGGUUGCAGAGCCAUACUCUGGCCUCAGCUGAAUAUGCCAGAUGCUUUCUGGCCUCUGUGUUAGCCACUGUCCACCUCUCCUUUCACGUCAGGGAGGACAUUCCUGACCCUGUCUCUUCUCAUUGCCCUCAUCUUUUAAGAUUCAGUUCAGAUUUACCCAUAUGAAACAAAACUCACUGGUACUUUCCAAUUCUUUGUGGAGUCCAAUUGUGAGAUGGUGCUAUAGCUCAUCUGCAGUGUGUACCAAUGCAAGGCACCUUAUUAAUAUAUUUUCUUCUAUUAAAAAUUACAAAUUAUCGGGGCGCCUGGGUGGCUCAGUUGGUUAAGCGACUGCCUUUGGCUCAGGUCAUGAUCCUGGAGUCCCAGGAUCGAGUCCCGCAUCGGGCUCCCUGCUCAGUGGGGAGUCUGCUUCUCCCUCUGACCCUCCCCCCCUUGUGCUCUAUCUCAUUGCUCUCUCAAAUAAAUAAAAUCUUUAAAAA